UCAUUAUCAGUCUGAAGGAAAACGAAGGCGUCAUUCAGUCAGAAGAACACGGGGAGCUUCAGUUCGAGACCAGAGAGAACUUGAGUGAUGUGGACUUCACCAAGGAGGACAUCAACGAGGAGGUGGAGUUCACUGUCCUGGCGCUCCGCCCCCGAGGAACUGGAGAGACCCAAUGGAGAGAAGGUCUCUGUGGGCCCCAACCAGACAAUGUCCAAGUCCGCGGAGGAGUUGGAGCCUCACAUGGUGCUGGACUCUGAGCUCUACGAGGGCAUCGUCAGCCAGACCAUCAUCGAGCCCAAGGAGGACGUUCCUGGAUAUCCGGGUCAGAUCGUCGCCAACAUCGGUCCGCUCAGGACCAACGUGACCUUUGACCACCGGGACUGUUCGGUGACUCUGCUGAAGAACGACCACGUCCUGAUCAACCUGCUGAUCAACACCUUGACCAACAAGAGGCGGGCCGCCAACAUCCGGCCCAAAAUCCCCUUCACCUUCCGCUACACCAAGGAGAUCCGCGAGCAGGGAACCAUCGCCUCGCUUGGUGACCAGGAGGGGGUCGUCAGCUCCACCAAGCACGGCGACUUGCCCUUUGACCUCUGCGAAAACUUCAGCGAUGCAGAGUUCGAUUCUGACGACGUGGGGAAAGACGGAGUUCACAGUGACAACGGACAAAGCCGCGGUCAGAGCGAUCUCCGGCUAAGGAGGAUGAGGAGGAGCAAGGCGGCCGAAGAUAAGAUCCUGCAGGAGCAGAAAGCCCGCGAGCUGGAGGAGCGCCAGAGGAGGGAGGAGGAGCGCAGGAGGAGGAGGAGGCGGAGAGGAGGAGGAAGGAGGAGGCGGCCGCUGCUCUGGCAGCAGCCAAAGACAAGUGGACUCCGUUCGGCUUCAGGUACAGAGUCACUGACUCCAUGCUGGAGGUCAGCAGGGAGCGCUUCCAGGGCACCGUGCUCAAAGCCAUCUGCAGGAGCCCUCCCAAGGAAGAGCAGGAGGAGGCCAAGCAGGAGGCGCUGCAGGAGGCAGAUGUGAAGGAGGAGGAGGUGACGGCGAAGGAGACGGUGCAGGAAGAGAAAGGAGGCACUGAGGUCAAGCAGGAGGAAACGGAGGACGGCGACCAGCAGGAGGCGACGCGCCUCACUGGGAGGAAGGAGAUGAAGCAGGAGGAGGAGGAGCAGCAGAUCGG